AUGUCUAAAAUCCCAACGCAGGGCGAGUACCUGGAUUGGUACGGCUUCAAGUUCAGAUGGGCUGCAUAUCAUCAGACUCCUGACCAACUAAACCACUAUCUUUACUCUUACGACACACUAUCGGCUGAUGCGCUGGAAGCUCUGGACAAACUGAGCCCGCCUACCCCGAUCGCUCCUCGAAAAGACAUACAAACAGCCUAUGAGCCAAAAGAAAAGUCCUUAACGAGGGACCUUUUUAAGCUCCUAGAAAAGCAUAAAAAUGACGACCAGGCGAUCCGAGCGCUAUGGAACGAGGUCAACACCGUUCCGGAAUGGGUCAAUUGGGAUGAGAUCGAAAGGGGGCAAAAGGUAUUCUGGAGAUACGCUGGCCCUGCCAUUACUGCUCUAACCCAUCUAUCUCUACUUGGCGGCAUGUCGAGUGGAAGGACGGUAGAGACCCUCGAUCGUACUGGAGGUUUUGGUGCCCGUGCCGUCAAACGGCGUUUGAUGGAGACUGUGCAACACACAUUCGGUGUACACAAGGAUAUCCAGUCCAUUCAACCCGGUGGUGAGGGGUGGGAAGCCUCCGUCCGUGUGCGACUCCUUCACAGCUCAGUCCGUCGCCGUAUCAUGCAGCUGGCUCGGGAGAAGCCUGAGUACUACAGCGUCAAGGAUCACGGAGUUCCCGUCAAUGAUCUCGACUGUAUCGGUACCAUCAACACGUUCAGCUCUACAGUUAUUUGGCUAGGGUAUCCCCGUCAGGGCAUUUAUCUGAGUAAGAGGGAGAGUCUUGAUUACCUUGCUCUCUGGCGAUAUGUAGCUUACCUGAUGGGCACACCGCAUGAUUGGAUGGCAACACCAGAGGUGGCCAAAGCCAUGAUGGAGUCUCUGCUCGUUUCAGAGUAUAGACCGACAAAGAAGUCCGCCACGUUGGCGAAUAACAUCAUCACAGGCUUUGAGGGGGAACCACCGAUCUACGCCUCCCGCGGCUAUAUCAACGCCUUGACUUGGUGGUUGAACGGGCCGCAGCUCGCGCGAGCUCUAGAAAUUGAGAGACCGAGUCUGUACCAUUAUGCUCUCGUGGCCUCGCAAUGCUGGCACUUUAUGCUCAUCAGCUACAUCACGUCAUCGAUUCCUUAUCUAGAUCGCCGCAACAUUGAGGCAAGUCACACACUUUCCAUUACUGGCUAUGCUACUAAUUCUAGGCAAUAG